GGUCCCUUCCUACAGGUGAAGAACCGGCCCACUGGUAUUUCAUGGGAUGGCCUUGAUUCAAGUAAACUCUACACCCUGGUCCUGACAGACCCAGAUGCUCCAAGCAGAAAGGACCCCAAAUUUAGGGAAUGGCACCAUUUCCUGGUGGUCAAUAUGAAGGACAACGACAUCAGCAGUGGCACCGUCCUCUCUGAUUAUGUGGGCUCUGGGCCUCCCAAGGGCACAGGCCUUCACCGCUACGUCUGGCUGGUUUACGAGCAGGCCAAGCCGCUGAAGUGUGACGAGCCCGUUCUCAGCAACCGAUCUGGAGACAACCGUGGCAAAUUCAAGGUGGCAUCUUUCCGCAAAAAGUACGACCUCGGGCCCCCAGUGGCCGGCACGUGUUACCAGGCGGAAUGGGGAGACUAUGUGCCCAAGCUCUAUGAGCAGCUGGCUGGGAAGUAGGGGAAAGCCAGGAGACAGACAUGGCCCCGGGGCCCAGGCAGUGUUCUCAAGUUCAGUGAUGCAUGUUGAUUUCUCCUCUUGCCUGUUCCCAUUCUCACAGGCGAGACCUGAGCAGAUAGCGCUGUAGGGUGUCUUUUCCUUCUACCUGUCCUUUAUCAUUGUAUAGGGCCACACACCCUGGAUUUAUGUUUUGAUCAAAUUUGAACUCCAUUUUGGGGGCUAUUUUGGUACUAUGAUGUGGUCAUCAGAUUGUUAAUAUAAGAAGAACAACCCAGAAUUUAAAGGCGUAUCCUCUGAAGAGCAGCACUGGAAAAGCAAUCGGGAGAGUCCCUUUCCUGUUGAGCUGUAGGGCUGGGUGAGGGGUUAUCUGAAGUCCGUUAGUCUGUGCCUGUUAAAUUUAUCACUCUUCCUUGGUGUAAUAAAAGCCAGUAUGGAGUUGCUAAAUGUUGUGUUAAUUCUGCUGUUUGCUUACAGUUGAAUAAAAAUAAAAACAUUGUGUGGACAAA